CUGCCCUGUCCGGGUUUGGAGGGGUCUCCGUGGAUUUCGGGCGAUUUCCGCGGGGUCUUCGGGCGUCUCCGGUCCCGGGCGCUCCCCCCCAAACCCCACAAGGCCCAACAUGGCCCCCGCGUUACCCUGGUAACGGUCACUUCCUGUAGCCGGCACCGCCCCUUCCGGUCACGCGCUCCAAGAUGGCGGCGCCCAGCGCGGGUUCCCCGGUGCCGGUUCUGCGGAUCGUGGCCGAGUGCGGGCGGAGCCGCGCCCGGGCCGGGGAGCUGCGGCUGCCUCACGGCACCGUGCCCUGCCCCGUCUUCAUGCCCGUGGGCACCCGCGGCACCGCCAAGGGCCUGACGGCGGCGCAGCUGGCGGCGCUGGGCUGCCGCAUCUGCCUGGGCAACACCUUCCACCUGGGCACGCGGCCGGGCGCGGAGCUGGUCCGGCGCUCCGGGGGCCUGCACGGGUUCAUGGAUUGGCCUCACAACCUCCUGACGGACAGCGGAGGGUUCCAGAUGGUUUCUCUGCUGGAGCUGGCGGAGGUUUCGGAGGAGGGGGUUCGGUUCCAGCCCCCGCACGGCGGGGAGAGGAUCCUGCUGAGCCCCGAGAGAUCCAUGGAGAUCCAGAACGCGCUGGGCGCUGAUAUCGUGAUGCAGCUGGACGAUGUCGUGAGCAGCACAACCACGGGCCCGCGAGUCCAGGAGGCCAUGGACAGGUCGGUGCGCUGGCUGGAUCGCUGUGUGGCCGCUCACGCCCGCCCGCAGCAGCAGCUCCUGUUCGCCAUCGUCCAGGGGGGGCUGGAGCCCGAACUGCGCCUGCGCUGCAUCCGAGCCAUGACCCAGCGGGACGUGCCGGGAUUCGCCAUCGGGGGCCUGAGCGGGGGCGAGGACAAGGCGAGCUUCUGGCGCACGGUGAAGCUGAGCGCCGAGCACCUGCCCCGCGACAAACCCCGCUACCUGAUGGGCGUGGGCUACGCCACGGACCUGGUGGUUUGCGUCGCGCUGGGCUGCGACAUGUUCGACUGCGUCUUCCCCACGCGCACGGCGCGUUUCGGUUCGGCUUUGGUGCCCUGGGGGUCCCUGCAGUUGAAAAAUCAGCGAUUCGCCAAAGAUUUCCGACCCAUCGACGCCGACUGCGGCUGCCCCGCGUGCCGGAGGCAUUCCAGGGCGUUCCUGCACGCUCUGCUCCGCUCCAACACGGCCGCGCUGCACCUGCUCACCCUGCACAACGUCGCCUACCAGAUGAAGCUGAUGGGUUCCAUCCGGGAGAGCAUCGUCCAGCGGCGCUUCCCGGAGUUCGUGCGGGACUUCAUGGCCAAAAUGUACGGGGGGCGCGGGGGACCCCCGGCCUGGGCUCGGGAGGCUCUGGGGUCUGUGGGGAUCCCCCUGGACUGAGGGGAGACCCCCAGGAGCACCCCAAAUUCCCCUGGAUUGAAGGGAGACCCCCCAGAACCUCCCCAAAUUCCCAGGGGAGACCCCCAGGACCGCCCCAAAUUCCCCUGGAUUGAGGGGAGACCCCCCAGAAUUGCCCCCAAUUCCCAGGGGAGACCCCUGGAACCGCCCCCAAUUCGCCUGGAUUGAGGGGAGACCCCCAGAACCUCCCCAAAUUCCCAGGGGACCCCCUGGACGGAGGGGAGACCCCCCAGGGUCACCCCCAAUUCCCCUGGAUUGAGGGGAGACCCCCCAGGAGCACCCCCAAUUCCCAGGGGAGACCCCUGGACUGAGGG